CCGUGAACACAUGUUCUCUUCCGAUGGAUCAGAUUCAUAGUUUGUUUAAGGAUAAACGAUAUAAGAAAUGUUUGAACAUUCUGAAGAUAUCUUCACCAAACUCUUUUUUGGAGAAAAUUUCUUUAACAAACAACACGGAUGUGGUGGAAGUAGCACUGGGAUUGCUGUCAAGAGAUAACUCAAUAAUUGUAAAAGUGGAAGAGGAGCUCUCAAAAUUACUUCAGAAGAUAAGAUGUAUCCCAGCAACGGAGGAGACACUGGUCGUGGAAAUUUGUGUUGUGUGUAAUCUUACCGUGUGUCAUCUGGUUCAGGGUGUAUGUCCUGUUGAUCAUUGUUGUCAGUUAAUGUUAACCACCUUACAGAAAGGUUGGAACUUCAUCAGAGGAAAAGAAAAAAAUUACCAGUUUGGUGACAAAGAAUCAAGGAAGAAUGACCUUGUGUAUGACUUGCUGAAAAAGAUGACAGAUUCCAAUAGGAGUGGACCUCUGAAUCAGAGUUUGGUAGAGAUGUGUUUAAGAUGGGCUUCAGUUCUACUCCAGAAUAAGAAACAUGAAAAAACUAUCCAACUCUUGUCUAUUUGUAAUUUGGAGUCAAGAAAAAAUCUUCAGGAGGGCAUCCUGCCCGCUCUGUUAAUCCCCUUGGAGGUUCCGGUGCUGGGAGGGGACGCAUGCUCUUCUGAGACGGAUUCCCUAGAGAUGUGGCACCUUCUGUCUGCUCUAGGUCUUUAUCUGGGGGAGUCCUCUGGCUGUAAGGAACAUCUACAGAAACUGACAGAGCCGGCAUGGCAGCCCUACUCAAAAUUGAUGGAAGCACAGCUGGAGUUUGAUGCUGAGUGUUACCUGGAGGCCCUCGUUGUUCUGUCCGAAGCAGCAGUACUUCCAUUUGAGAUGACAACAAGACUUAAGGCUUUACAUUGCAAUUUGUUUGGAAUGUGUCUGUCAAAACUGAACAAGCCUCACAGCGCCAUACAGAAAUUCAGGGAAGCUUUGGACAUGAAUUUCUCCUACCUUGUACCGUUGUAUUAUAUAGCAAUGGAGUACAGGAAGCUGGGUCUGACCGAGGCAGAGUUAGAGUCCCUGAAUCUUUUGGUCACGGCUCUAGAAAACAAGGAGGUGAAAAAAGAAUCAUCUGACAGCAUCUUCUUUCAGCGUGUAGUGAAAAGUGACAUAAACUUGACAGAGUCAACAUUCUGCCUAGCGAGGGCAUGUGAAGAACACAACAAAUACAGCAUAGCUUCAGAGAAAUACAUUCACCUUAUAUCACUACUCAAUAGUAACACAGUCCCAAUGAUGGAGGGCUGUGACAUGCUUAGCAUACCAUCAAUAUCUGAGAUUUAUAGACACACUAUUGCUUCACUACUGAAGUCUAAAAAAUACCAACAAUGUGAGGUCCUAUGUGAACGUGUGUUGUCAUGCCAACCUACAAGUGUCCUUGACCUCUCCAACAUUCUAUCACAACAUUCUCAAGAGAUUUCCCAGUCUCAGAUGGCUUGUACACAAACCCAAAGUCAUUCUCAAACAUUUGUCUUUGGAAAUAACUUUUCACAGUCUUCCAUCAAAGAAAGGUUCACGGAAAAAAAUGAAGAUAUGUCUCAGGGAAAAAGGAAAAGGAUGCCAUCUGUUGAGGCAAGGGACCGUGAAGAUGACGACCAGAGAGAGAUGGUGUUUGUUCACUUGUACAAAGCGGAGGCUCAAGUCUGUCUCAACAAGGUCAAGGAAGCCAUUGAAAGUCUAGAUGUUGUGCUUGAAGUACUGAGAAAGUCCUGUUCAUCUGUGACUUUGCCAUUAGACCAUUCAUCUUCACAAGAGUUGAAAAGACAGAGACUCUGUUCGGAUGGAGCUGCAAUGCCUACACCCUCAACAGACACAGCCUCCUUUUGGAAAGAAGUAGGUCAGAAGGCCUCACAUGUCUACAGUUGCUUGGGAACAUGUCUGGGUCAUCAAAAUAAGCUCACUGAUGCCCUGCACUACCUCAGACUCAGUCUCCAGCUAGAUAAAGCUGACUGCAAGAAUCUGUACAACUGUGUGGCAGUGUUGUGGAGGCUUGAUAGACAAAAGGAGGCUGUGAUGAUGUGGUGCAAAGGGAGACAACUGGACAUACAAGUGGACAGCUUUCAGAUGGCCAGUCUGAUAAAACGUAGAAAGGAAGCCACACAGGGUGCCCUGAAAAAUGACCUUCCCCCUCAGGUCAAGGACACAGUGACAGACCAGGAAGCAGCUCAACUUGAUGUCCAUUGUUUAGAGUUUCUUACUCGCUGGAGGCUUAACAAAUCACCUGUCAGCUGAUGUAGAGGGUGCUUGUAGUCACUUCAUAUACAGUUCUAGUAUGUCAACUUUUGCCUGGUGUGUAUUUCACUGCAUGUUCUAUAUCAAUUUAUCAUCUUUAUCUCAGUAAGAACCACUUGUAUAUUUUAGUGUCUUAUUUCCCCUCUUUGGUAAAUGAAAAGUCUCUUGCAAGACUUUUUAGAACAUUCAGUUAGUUUGAUGACCCUCCCCCCCCCCCCACCAACACACACACACACCCUGACAACCCCACCCACCCACCCCCAACACACACACAUCCUGACACCACCCCCACCCCCCAACACACACACCCUGACACACACCCCACCCCAACAUACACAAACCCUGACACCCUGGGUUGAAACUUGAAAUUUUAUGAUGUGAUGGGGGAAAUAUAGCAAAUCAAAACGAAACAGUAACCCACUUACUCUCAAUAAAACACGUUUCAUUGCUGUUAAAGAUUUUUGUUACAUGAAAAUUGUUGCAGAAUAAAAUGUCAAGAAAUUUCAAAUUUUUAUUGUGUGUUACCAGGAGUACAGGAAUUUGAGAAAGAUCUCGCCUCAAAUAGGAAUCACUGGUAGAAUAGCAACCCACUUUCUGUGCAACAACAAUAUUUGUGUUUAUUCUCUUUGGGAUUUAUUACUAGUUAAUAAGAGGUGCGGUAAAACUGCCGAGAAAUUUCCCUCGGCUCCUAUGACUGAUGGAUUAGUAGUGAUAGUUAUGGAGAGAUUAUAGUAGACUUCAUCUAUGGUUCAUUAGCUUUAUAGGUACACACAGGUAUCAUCUACCUGUGUUAAUAUCCCAGGUAAACAGCAGAGCUGGGAUUUAACGAUCAAACAAGACUUGUAUUAACAAUCAAACCCGUCAAAUAAAAUGCUGACUUUUCACUCCGGCAUGAAAUGAAACUGUGAAAUUAAAUGCCUACCUACUUCAUUCAAUACAUUUGUUUAAAUGUUUGCCGACAGUGUGGUAGAAGUGUGUUAUUAGUGCAAAUUAAAUGUUUGAACUUUAAGGAAAUCGUUUUUGGACAACUAUUUGGGAUAAAUUUUGUCCGUUUUCGAUGAGUUAUUUCACUGAAUAAUUUCACAAAAGUAGAAACAUGCAAGUAAAGGUUGUAAAUAAGAUGGUUUGCUAUAAUGUGACCUUGACCGCUCUCAAUAACAAGGUGUGUCGCUCCCAUCUGUAUUCCUAAGAUUAGGGAGGACUCGAGCUUGGUGGGAAGUUUUCCCCGUCUUUGUAAAUGCGAUUGUUUUGUCCGUUCCGUUACUGGUGUGUUUUUGGCUGAGGUUUUUAUAUGUCGUUACACUUUACACAGCUUCAUUUUGACACGUCCCUACUUGUUUCAAAUUUACUUUUGUACGUAGUUUUUCUAUCUAAGUUUGUCAUCUUUUCCGUGUGAGUGAUAUGAAAUCAGAUGUAAUUCCGUGUAUGAUUUUAAAGUUCACUUAUGACAGUGCCUUUUUAAGUGGGAGGACGUGAGUAACUUAUUUGAAAUGUCUGUAGUGAUAAAACAUAAGGGUGGUGUCUGGGAAUUUUCAAGUUUAACAAUGCACUUUUUUGAGAGCGCAGAAAAUCACCAUCAAUGUCGAUAAAAUUCGAGAUAUCCCCCCUAAAGAAUCAUAUUGGACGUGUUUCCGUUGAUGUUGGUUUUUCUGUCACCACAUUUGCCCUCCUUCACCUUGCGACGGUUCAGUUUUUGGGGGGUCUUCUGGUUCCGUUAGCCGAGUUUGUGCAUGAACAGGUGAUUUUAUCUUCUAGCGCUUGAGACUUUAGCUUGGUAAACAAAAACAGUAAAUACUUGAGAUGUAUUGUUUCCUCGCCGUCUUCCCGUUAAUCUUUAUACCAAGUCACAUCUUGUUUAGAUGGCUUUGGAAGGGCUUUCAUCAACUGUAUAUGAAAGAAAAGAGCAUUAAAGAUACUAUGUUAAAGUAGUGCAUUUGACAGUCUGAAGUUUGGAGAAUAAAAUGUAAAGAACAAUGAGUAACACCCCCCCCCCCC